CAGUUCAAGAAGUUCACCUUAAUAAGGUACUACUAAUGAAUAUAGACUGAAAUCUGAGAUAUAUACACGCGGAGUGAUAGAACCCAUCAACAAGAAUGACAAGGGAUGCGAUUACUUAUAAACUUAUGUAGGACAAAAAGCAUGGAGAAACAACGGAUCAAGAAGAUCACGUUCUAUAUCCAAUCCUCCCGCCACGGAGUUUCCUUAUCCCGAUAAAUAUGAUAAGGAUCCAGAUAACGUCAUUCCAUCUUGCAAGAUAAAGGAGACUCCACCUCAGCAACUAAUCAUCAAAUCUCCAAUCAAUAUUAAUGAACCUAAACCAACUUCAAGGCUCCUGAAAAAGUAAAAAGAGCUUCUAUUAGCACAUGCACCAUGGUCCUCGGUGGAUCAAACGGGUCGAAGGUCACUUCGUACCUGAUCUACCUUGUGUUUAUCACGACGUUGGGGCCGCUUCAAUUCGGAUAUCAUUUGGCUGAGCUCAAUGCCCCCCAGGCCGUGAUAACUUGCGAGCGCAAAAGCAUCCAUUCGACAACAACAACACAGGGCCUCCCGCAGUGCAUACCUAUGAACCCAUCCCAAUUCGGCCUGGUCUCCUCUAUAUACACCCUGGGGGGCUUGGUAGGAGCUCUUCUGGCAGGUCCAGUCUCCACCAAGCACGGCCGCUUAUUCACACUGCGAGCAACCACCAUCUUCUUUAUCCUAGGCCCUAUAGCGGAAACAUUUGCGUCCAGUAUACCCGUAUUGAGUCUGGGUAGGCUUCUAUCUGGUGUUGGCGCGGGCGCUUCCAUCGUCGUGGGUCCAAUAUAUAUCUCAGAAAUUGCUCCUCCCAGUGCUAAAGGGCUUUUCGGCGCUUUUACACAAAUCAUGACUAAUGUCGGUAUUCUGUUGACGCAGUCCCUUGGUUACUUCUUGAGUGAAGGAAGUAUGUGGAGAAUUAUACUUGCAAUUGCUGGCGCCAUCGGAUGCCUGGAGCUUCUUGGUCUCUUUUUAGUCCCAGAAAGUCCCAUCUGGCUUGCAGAUCACCAGAAAGGGAAUGUGGCUAGACAGGUACUACAACGUAUACGAGGAAAGGAUGCAAACAUUGAGCCAGAGUUUGAAGGCUGGAGAACAUCUGCAGCGCCUGAACACAGCUCCGGGGAAGAGCAGUCCUUACUAUCACCCCCAUCUGGGAAUAUGCCACCCAAGCAACCUCCAGUUACCAUGAUACAAGCCAUUACUGAUCCUUUUUACCGCCCUGCCAUCAUUGCAGUAGUCGGAGUCAUGGUUUCCCAGCAGUUCACUGGUGUCAACAGCAUCAUCAUGUACAGCGUUUCCCUCUUGCAGACCAUUCUUCCCACCACUGCGGCCCUAUUGACGGUGAUCAUCUCAGCUAUCAAUCUUGUAAUCACCCUGGCCUGCUCUCCACUACCUGAUAAGAUCGGUAGACGCUCCUGUCUACUCCUAAGUAUCAGCGGCAUGGGUCUAAAUUCCGUUCUAUUGGCGCUAGGCAUCUACUUCAACCAGAAAGCCUUAUCCGCCAUUGCUGUUCUGCUCUUCGUUGCUUGUUUCGCUGUCGGUCUAGGCCCAGUCCCCUUUAUUCUGGCCUCUGAGCUCGUUGGCCCGGAGGCGGUCGGCGCCGCACAGAGCUGGGCGCUAGGAGCGAACUGGAUUGCGACGUUCGUCGUGGCACAAUUUUUCCCGAUGCUGAACGAUUUGCUGGGCGGGCGGGGCAAGAUCUACUGGGUUUUUGCAGCGAUGGCCUGUCUCCUCGGAAGCUUCAUCUACUGGUGGGUGCCGGAAACUAAGGGGAAGGCUAACGCAGACGAAGUUUGGGGAAGGACAGACCAGCGAAGACAGGAUUAAAAUUCAUCUGUCCUCUGAUUGUUGUUUUCCGGGGCCCUACUCUGCCGCCAACAUUCAGGUUCCCAGUCAAUAGUCAAUUUGUAACUAUCAUCUCGAGGGAUAUCUUGCAAAACCAUGACCUCCACAGAGGGAUCUAUCAGGUGACAGUAUUAAAGACAAUAGAAUAGCAAUAAUUGGUGCACGCUGCCUAGGAGUCACUCGGUGAGAGCGAAAGCGUCAUACUUGCCUCGGCUUGUU